AUGCUUUCUAACAUUAAAGAUCUCUUUUCAGUACAACUAAUUAUCAAUAAUAUACAUAGAAUAUCUAUUCUUCUAACUCCAGACCCAAAAUUUAUGAGAAUUAAUCUAAGUCUUCAAAUAUGUGAUAAAGUAAUUGCUACACGUCAUGUACAUUAUAAUACAGGAGUAGAAAUUGCUAUAAAAAUAUUAAAACUACAUAAUAACUCAAAUGAAACUCACCUUACACAUUUGCACAAAACAAGUAAAGACUUAUAUCAAUUAGUUACUACAGAUUUGAAAGAGCAAGACAAGCUUAAACAGGGAUAUGAUUGUGGUCAUUUUUGUUUUGAGAUAGAUGAAAAGUAUAAUUUGAAUAAUAAAAAAGCACCUGUUCUUGCUAUAGUUAUUGAGAAUCAGGCUGAUUAUGGGUCACUACUAGCAUUUGCACUUGUAUUUAAAAUCGUGAGUAGAAGUAAAUCUGAUGAAGAAGUAGUUGAAAUGGAAGAGGAAUAUAGAUGGAUACCACAAAUAUAUGAUCAACCUAAUGCAAAGCCAAUGACAACAAACAAUUUAACAGAACAAAUGUAUAAAACUAUAGAAGCACGUAUUGGUAAUGAUAUCUUUUUUCCAAUAAAGUGCAAAACAAUAGCAAAGGAUCCUUUUCAUCUAAUGGAUAGUAUACAAAUCCCUUCAACAAGUGAAUCACCUAAAAAUUAUGGAGCAAAAUUUCACAAACCUAGUCAAUUUUCUUGUUAUAACAUGCAAAUAGAAAAUAAUCAAGAAAUUUAUAAUGAAAAUUGUUCUGAUUCAACAAUUACAGAAAUUUCAGAAACUCCAAUUAAUCAGUAA